AUGAGACGAUUCAGCACUUUCAUCAAGGGCACUUGUGGGAAGGAGCUGGUGUCGUUCUGUGUGAGAGUGUCCAGGUUGUUCAACAUGGACUGUGAGGAUGCAGGUCAGAAACACAGAUACCUGGCCCUGCUGACUGUCAUCAGAGCCAUCCAUCUCACAGAGGGAUCCAGCAUCAUGGCUAUCUGUCACAUACCACAAGAUACAAUGAUUAGCAUUCUAUCCAGUGAGCUACCCGACAGUGCCAGAAAGCAGAUCAUCGGUCAGAUGUAUAACAAAGCUUUACAUCGGCUGCAGCACUAUUGGCUUCCUCAGUUUCUAAGAUACUGCAAGGACUCACUCUGGAGAGCUGCAGAGUGCAGCCACAUCGUUCAGGAGUACAGCGCCAUCGCAUCCCACUCUGCUUCUGAGGAUGUGCCUGGUAUACCUGCUCAACUGGACCCAGGCCUGGGACAGGUGAAGGAGGCAGAGCUGACUGGGAGUGCAACUGGGACCUACUGUUCCAAAAACACCAAGAGACUCCUCUGGAUGCGCCAUGAGGAACCACAGAAACGAUCUGUAAUGGCAGCCCGGGAGACUGAGAAGAUCCAAGAUGGACGUCUCUGUUGCCAGUGGCUUCGUCUUGAGGGUGAAACAGGCCAGGAACGGUGCACUAAUGCUGUGCAUAGCAGUCAAACCAAAUACCAGAUUGAUGCCACAACUGAACAAUACCACAACAUGCCUGACGAUGCAAAAUCCCAAACCUGCAGCAAACAAAUCAGCAAAGUGGAUAACCUCAAGUCCAGCCACAGAAGUGGUAACCUUCUCCCAAACAUUGAUGUUGAAGGGGUCCAGGAGGGAGAAGUACUUAUUCCACACACCUGUAUGGAGACUCCUGCCUACUACCAACCGUCUGUCUUACCAACUCCCCCUUCACCAGCAACUCCAGAGUCCCACCGCUACAAUUACCUUCAGCCUGCCCUGUCGGCUGACAGCUUGGCUGGUGGGCCCUUAGCUGCCUUCCUGAGGGCCAAGGGACUGGAGACAGAGCUGCAGCAUCUAGGGCUCUGGCAGGACCUGGACCUGGUCCUUAGCCUUGUGCUCAGGGCCCAGGGAGAUGACUCCCUCCACAGCCAGAGACAGGCUGUGGCCAGGAGGAUCACACACACCUACCUGGGGGAGAACGCAGAGAGGGUAGGCCUCCUGCAGAGCGACACCAGCAGGCAGCUCCGCAGACUCCUGCCUUCUGGAGCAGUCAUACCGUGGAUAUACACAGCCAAACAUGAGAUCUGUAAGGUGCUUUGUGAAUCUUACGAUUCCUUUUUGGACGAAGACGACAAACAUUUCUGCUCCUAUCUGGAGAGUGCUGGUGUGAACUGUGGUCGGAGGUUAUCUGCUAUUGGCCAGAACACAAAAGAGCAGCAGGUCAGGAGGAUGAGGGAGGCUCUGGCCCUUUGUCAGUCCUGUUGUAGCCAUGGAGCCACGGAGCAGCCCUCUGAUUGGCAGGAGGACUGGGCCCUGAUGGCUCUAGAGGACGUGAAGAGAGGAGGGUCUGUCCACCUGCACUACAAAAAGACUGAGCCACGUGAUCUGCCGUUUGACUUGCUGGCAGUGAGGUACCCAAAGCUGGCCCUGGAGAAUCUGAGUGUUAACUAUUUGCUGUAUCAGAAGAAGAAGCCUUUCUCAGACGGCGAAAGCUCAAAGCCAGUAUCUGCUGGUUCCAUGAUGAAGAAAGCCCCUCUGAUGUUGAAGAAAGACAAUAGUUUUGUUCGCAUGCCGUCUAUGAGGCCAAGGUCAUUUGGAGAUGUGCUCCGGAACCCUGUGAGUCUGGACUACUUCAAGCGCUUUCUGCGUUUCCACUAUGCCCAAGGAGCGCUGCUCUUCACACUGGAAGUAGAGAAGCUGAGAGCCAUCGACCGGCCCAAACCUCAGAAGAUCAAAAUCCUCGCCAUCGUGAAUAAGUUCUUACGCCGGGAGGACCCCAUGGGCUACCUGCAGUGCAGUGCUGACAUCAUCUCCCAGGCGGCUCAGAUGACAACCAUUUCCUGUGAGGUUCUCUACACCAUCCAGGACUUGGUCACCAAGUCACUGGAAGGAACAUGGUUCAAGCAGUACCAAGACACGUUCCCACCCUGUCCUGCUGUGGGCUCAGACUCCUGCCUGAGAGGAGCCAUACUGAAGACCAAACUGGUAGGAACAACACCCGGCCUCUCAUCCUCUAUGUACUGUUAGACACUAGACAGUUGUAC